AUGGGAGGGUGUUGUACUAAAAAGGCUAAUAGAGAGAGUGGAAUUCAAUAAUAGAUAGAGAAAACUAUUAUUGAAUAAUAGAAACUUAGAGAAGAGGAAGAAGAAAUACAAUAUAAUUAGGGAAAUAAAGACUAUUCAACAAAGCGAUCAAUUCAUAUUGUUUAAACUACUAUGUAUACAAAUUAAGAAAGAUAAGAUGAUGGAAUGAUUGAGAUAAUCUAAGAGGAAGAAAAGAUAGAAUAAAAACCUGUUAAAAAAAGUAAGUCAAAAUAAACAAAAGACGAUAUCAAUUAUUAUAAAAAAUAUGAACAUGUAUUAAGUGUGAAGGCAAUAAUAGUUGAAUUAGUUAAAAAUGAAGUAAGUCACUAUUAUUCAUUAAUAAUCAGAGUAAAUUAUAAGGAUUAUAUUGGAGAAGCUAAAAUGAAUGGAAUAUUAAUUACUUAAAGCGACUUUCAUUACUACACUAUUUAACCUGAAAAAUUCAGUGAAGCUAAUUAAUACUCAAGGUUCUCUACAUUCUUUUCUAAUGAUAAUUAUUUUAAUGCUGACAAAGAGAGUGUUAAUAAUUUUAAUGCUUUUGAUAAACUCUUGCCUGUAGAUAGAAUAGUUAGAAUUAAAUAAGUAGAAAAGAAAGUUCGUAGAAAACAGACUAUUUUUGCAGAAAAAGAAUAAACUUCUCCAGUAAAGAAUAAAUUAGAAUUCUUUGAUUCAAGAUAAUAAGAAAUGCUUGAAGUAAUUACUAUUGUUGAUGUUGAAGAAUAAGAGAGAUUCCAAUGUCUAUUAUUUCAUAUACUUUUAUAGUAACAAUUCCCAGAACUUAAUUAAAACUUAGUUUUUAUUUAAAAUGCUACAUUUUUAUUUGAUAGACCACCUUCAUUAGAUGCCCCAAAUAUUUAUAGGAUUGCAUUAUUCUAUGAUAGAUUGGAUUAUUCAUUAAAAGAUUUGUAAGCAAUUCUUAUUAAAGAAAAUAAGGAAUUAUCACCUCAUUUGCAUAAGACAUUAUCAUUAAAUCUAAUUCAGAUAUUAUAUAAUUGUUAUUCUAAAUAUAUAUUCAGACUUAAUUUUACACUAUCAACUAUUUUUUAUAAUUAACGAAGUAAAUGUUUUAAAUUGGAAUCUUUUGGAAGAUUAAAAAGUAUGCUUCCUUUUCAUUCUAAUUAAGAAAUGCUUCUAAAAACAGUAGAAGAAAAAAAGUAAGUGGCUUUUAAAAAGGCAUUGAAAAGAGAUUUAUUUGCAUUAUGUGAUUUGAUAAUAUAUUUCAAAAGAAUAGGAGAGAAUAAUUUAAGAUCUAUUUAAACUAAGAGGAAAAAGUUCUUAAAGGCAAUAGAUGGAUAAAAAGAAAAUAAUGUAAAUGAAUUAGAAGAUAAUUAUCUUCAUAUAGCUGAAGAACGUUUUAGUCAUAAUUCAGAUAAGUAUUUAUUUGAAUUUAUAAAAAUGGUUAUCUUUACAACUAAAGUAGAUUCAACUGAAACGAUUAUGCAAAAUCUUUAAUCAAUAAUUGAAAGUUUAUAAAAAUAAAUAAAUACGUAUGAAAAUAAGGUGGAAAACUAGAGAGAAGAAAAUGUAGAAAAAGAAUAAAAUAAUGAAAGUCCUCAAAAAAAUGAGAAUGUGGAAGUAAUUAAUUUAAAUGAACUCAAUUUUAGUUAAUCUGAAAUUUCUAAUGAAGAUAACAAUAAAUCAAAUUAUUUGGAAUAUUUUGAUUUUGAUAUCAAGAAGGAAUUUCCUAAUAUUGCACAGAAUAAAGAUAAAUUAAAGGAAUCAGAAUUAAUUUAUAAAGAUAUGCUAUAUCAAUCACUUUUUUAUUAUAAUGAAUUAUAUUAUUAGGAUUUGAAAUAACAAUUAAAUAUAUAGAGUCUAUCAAAAUUACAAUAAGCUUAGAUGAUUGUUUUAAAUGCUUAUAGUAAGAUAAAGGAAAUGAAAGAAGAAUCAUGGGAAGUUAAAUAUUAAGAAAUAUCUUAACUUGUUGAAGAGGCUAUUCCAAUAAUGAACAGUAUUAAUGAAGAUAGUUAUGAUAACUUUCACAUUUCAAUGUUGUUUUAAAUUUUAUCAUUAUCAUAAAGGAAGCCUUUGGUUAUUUUAAACUAAUUAUAAAGAUGUUUUACAAAGUAAAUUGAAUUAAAGUAGAAAUAAACAAAUAGAUUAAGAGGAAAGAAUAUUGCAAAAGGAUUAAUUGAAUAAAAGAAGUAUGUAAUGAUAUAAACAAUGUAUGCUCAAUCAUAUUUGAAUACUAAUCAUUAUUUUGAAGCAAUCACAAAAAUAUAGAAAAUAAUUGGUUUUUAAUUAAAGAAUUUUCAUACUCCUUCAUUAAUUUAUGGAUAUUCAUUAAUGAUUAGUGGUGAGAUUGCAAGAUUAAGUUCAUAACCAAUUUCUGCAAUGCUCAAUUUAGAAAUGAGUUUAACUAUUUAUAAUUAGUUUUUUCCAGAAUCUAUUAUACAAUAAAUUUAACCAGAAGAAUAAUUUAAUUUAUAGAGAAUAAAAAGAGAAGGUGAUUAAUAGGAGAAUUAAACAUAAUUAAAGCAAAUUAAAUUUGAUAAUCUUGCUACUAGUAAUUUAGCAAAAGUAGAAUUUCUACUUGGCAUGAGUUAUUUUGAUUCUCAUGAUUAAGAAAAUGCUUUAAAAAGUUUAAGAAGAGCAUAAAAAUUAAUGAUGAGAUCAUUUGGUAUUUUUGCAGAUGAAGUUAUAGCCCUAGUUUUAUAUUAACUUAAUAUCUAUGUAUUAUAAGAUGAUGUAGGUGCAGUUAUCAAAAUUGCUAUGAAAUAUGCUACAGAAAUGAAUAAAUAAUAUAAAUAAGGUAAAUAAUUUAAAAGAAAAUGUAUUGCUAAAUUGUAAUUUAUUAUUGGAUGUAUUUUUUAAUUUUGUGGAUCUUAUUUAAGUGCUUUAAGAUAUAUUGAAAGAUCAAAUAGAACAUUAUCAAAUGCAAAACUUAAUAAUUUUAUUAUUUAAGCACAUUAUUAAGCCAAAAAGAUUACUAUUAUUCAAUAAAUUAAACGAGCAUUUCUUAGAAUUAAAAGUAAACAAUAAUUAAGAGGAUAAUUGGAUUUGAAUCAAUUUUAAUCUCUUAAUGAACUUUUAGGAUCUGCAUUUUAAAAUUCAUUUUUUUGUUAACCAAUUAAAUAUCAUGCUACUAUAUUAUUUAAAAAAUAUUGUAGAUACAUUUUAUAAAUACAAGGUUUAAUUAGAAUAGGGGAAAAUGAAAAAGUAAUUCAUCAUAUCAAUGAACUAUUAAAAUCUACAUCAAAAUUAAAGAAAGAUGAACUUUAUGCAUAUCUUAAAGAUAAAUUGGUUUUAAUUACUUUUGAAUCUACUUCAAUAAAGUCAUAAAUUUAAGAUCUUUAGAGGUUAAUUGAAAUACAUGAUAGAUAUUUACAAUUUCCAAUCAAAUAAAAUUAUUAAUUGAAGGCUUAUAUUAUUUUAAUAUGUUUAUUUGCAAAAAUAGGGGAUCAUUAAAAAUUUAAUUAAACAUCAUCUAAAAUUGAUGAUUUUAUUUAAGAUAUUCAUUAAUUGUUGAAUUGGUAAGUAUCAGUUCCAAAUGAUAUUAAUAUUAAUUUUGGCAAAUUCGAAAGAUUAAAGAAUCGUAACAAAAUUAAUAUUUUGUUUUAAAUUCAUUAAAUCAUGGAAUUAGUACAAUAUUUUUAUAAUGUAAGAAAAAAGUUAUUUGAUUCAAUUGAAAAUUAAUAACAAUUAUAAGAAAUUGUAACAUAAGUUUUUAAAAAAUUGACAAAUCAAUCAUAACCAAUAUUUAAAAAAUAUUAUGAUAAAAAGUAAGAAUGCUUAUUUGGUGUCUCAUCCAAAGUAGAAAUUAAAAAUUUAGAAAAAAAAGAAAAUGAAAUUCUAAAAAUUAAUGAUAAUUAAGAUGUUAAAUCAAACCAAUAAAUUGUUGAUACUAUACAGCCUGAAUAAGUUGAUGAUAAAAAAAAUCAUAAAUUAGUUUUUGACUUAAGAAGUUAUGAAGAAAUUGUAUUAUCUAGAAAACAAUAGAGAAAGAAAUCUCAUCAUUAAAAAUAACAAUCUUAAGAUCUGUAAAUUGAAAAAAAAGAAAUGCCAGAAAUUAAAGAAAUCCAAUAAUAAAAACAUAAAAGAAAUGUUACAGAAAUGACAGCAGCUACUUCAAAUAAGAAUAAAAAACAACAACCUUUCAAAUUAAACCCUUUUUAAAAUACAAUUAAAAACUCUAAAAAAUGA